AUGCCGCGGCGCAGGGGCCUCAGCGCGCCGCUGCUCCUUUGCCUCCUGCUCGGCGUCUGGGUUGCGCUGCCGCCCCACCCGCGGCAGGCGGCGGCGGCGAAGUCGACCCCCGGCGCGGGCGAGGAGGACUUCUACGAGGUGCUCGGCCUCGGCGUGGAGCGCGAUGACGCGAGCGAGCGGGACAUAAAGUCAGCGUGGCGCAAGCUCUCGAAGCGGCACCACCCCGACCUCGCAGGGGAGUCGCAGCGGGAGGUCUACCAGCGCAUCCAGCGCGCCUACGAGGUGCUCGGGGACCGCAGGAAGCGGAAGGUCUACGACAUCCUCGGCCUCGACGGGGUCAGGAAGAUUGAGCAGCCGCAGGACCAGCAGCAGCAGCAAAUGAGCGCCUUCUUUUCCUUCUUUGGCGGGGGGCAGCCGCAGCAGCAAGCGGACCGCGGCAAGAAUGAGGAAUUCCUGCUGCUGGUGCCGCUUGAGGACAUCUACAGUGGGGCGGCGCACACGGUGAAGCUCGUCAAGCGGAAGAUCUGCCGCGCCUGCCGCGGAACCGGGGCCCGAAGCAAGGACCACCUCCUGCGCUGCCCGCACUGCGAUGGCGAGGGGCGCAUCAUGCGUCGCGUGCAACUCAUGCCGGGGUUUGUGCAGCAGAUGGAGCAGCCGUGCCACCACUGCAGCGGUAGCGGGGCCAUCAUAUCGGAAAAGUGCCCGAUGUGUAACGGCGUGAAGACGGUGCGGAGCGCCUCCGCCAUUAGCAUCGACAUUGAGCAGGGCACACCGGACGGCCACAUCCUCACAUAUGAGCUGGAGGCGGAUCAGCAGCCAAACCAAGUCCCCGGCGACGUUGUCUUCACGGUUGCCACCGCCCCCCACCCCCGCUUUAUCCGUAGCAACGACGACCUCACGGUGACCGUGACGCUCACACUGAAGGAGGCGCUGCUGGGCUUCAGCAAGACGAUAACGCACCUCGAUGGUCACCUGGUGCAGCUGAAGGCCUCGCAGGUCACGCAGCACGGGGAGCGGCGCAAGAUCUCCGGCGAGGGCAUGCCGAAGCACCACGUGCCGUCGGAGCGGGGCGACCUCCACGUCAUCUACGAGGUGGAGCUGCCAAGUCAGCUGACGGCGGCGCAGCAAGAGGGGCUGCGGCGGGCCCUCGGCUAA